AUGUCUGCGUACAAAGAAUUCAUACCUGCGAACGAGAAGUACACCGCUGACUUCGCCGAUAAGGGUGGUCUACCUCUCCCUCCCGGAAAGAAGCUGACAAUUGUAACAUGCAUGGAUGCUCGGCUUGAUCCUGCUGCACAUCUCGGAAUUAAGGAAGGCGACGCUCAUGUAAUCCGAAAUGCAGGCGGUGUCGCAAAGGAAGCUCUACGUAGCAUCAUCAUCUCUCAGCAGCUUCUAGGCACUCGCGAAAUUGCUCUUUUUCACCAUACGGACUGCGGCAUGCUCACGUUCAAGAAUGAAGACCUCCGCAAUUCACUGAAGGAGAAAUACCCAUCUGUGACCAAGGAAAUCGAGUCCAUCGAUUUCUUUCCAUUCCCUCAACUUGAAAGAAGCGUGAAAGAUGACAUAGAAUUCCUGAAGCAACAUCCCCUCGUCUUGGACGAAACCACGAUCACUGGAUGGAUUUAUGAUGUCAAGACGGGGAAGGUGAGCAUAAUUUUGAUACUGUCAACUAUGACUGACCGUUCUCCUUUCAAAGAUCACGCAAGUCGUGUAAUAUACUACUUUGUUGAUGCAUUAAUUCUAUCUGUGUUCUUGUAUCUUAUACGGUUUCAAUAUUCAGCAGAAUCCAAUUACAUCAAUUUACUGAUAAGGUAA